UACACUCUGAACAGUGCCACCACAUUUUCUUUGUUAUUGCUCCUAGCCCAAAAACCAGAUUACAACUCGGAAAAAAUGGCUUUUUUCAUGCCAUUUGUUUCUGAUCCUGCAGUAAUUUGUCUGCUGUGUGCACUUCUUUUAUUAGGUGCAUUUCAUUUUUCAACUGGCUCUAAAAACUCACCUUUGAAACUGCCUCCUGGUCCACCUCCUCUUCCGAUCAUUGGUAACCUGCAUUUGCUGGAUAUUAGACGGCAAGAUAAGUCACUAUUGAAGCUAGCAGAAAAAUACGGGCCAGUGUUCACCCUCCACUUUGGGUCCCAGAAAGCUGUAGUCCUCACUGGAUACGAAGCCGUGAAGGAGGCGCUCGUGAACUUCACAGAUGAAUUUGUAGACCGACCCCCCAUCCCAAUAUUUGAACAAAUCCAGCAUGGAAAUGGUGUAUUCUUUUCUAAUGGAGAGCUGUGGAGAACGACACGAAGAUUCACUGUGUCAACCAUGCGCAAUCUUGGAAUGGGGAAAAAGCUGAUAGAGGAAAAAAUUCUUGAAGAGCUUCAUUUACUUAUUGAGACAAUCAAAUCUUCCAGAGGUGAGCCAUUUAGCCUCAAGUCAUUUAACGCUGCUCCAACCAACAUCACCUUUCUUAUGCUGUUUGGGGACCGGUUUGACUACAAAGACCCAACCUUUGUCACUCUGUUAAGACUCAUAGAUGAAGUUAUGGUUCUUCUUGGAUCUCCAUUCUUGCAUUUUUUUAAUUUCUACCCAUUCCUUGGAUUAUUUCUCAAAACCCACAAGAUUUUACUUAAAAAAAUAGAAGAUGUGCGCAUCAUUUUAAGGAAUUACAUCCAGAUCAGCAGACAAGAUCUCAGCGAGAACUCUCUGAGCUACGUUGAUGCAUUAGUGUUCAAGCAGCACCAGGAGACAAACAAGAAAGACAGCCUGUUUCAUGAUGAAAACAUAAUAGCAUCUGUACUUGACCUGGUCAUGGCUGGAACUGAGACAACUGCCACAACCUUGCAAUGGGCCAUCCUACUGAUGAUGAAAUAUCCAGAGAUCCAAAAAAAGGUACAAGAGGAGAUUGGGACCGUUGUCCAAUCAGGAAGCCAGGCCACAUAUGAAGACCGGAAAAACAUGCCAUUUACAAAUGCGGUGAUACAUGAAGUGCAGCGAUUCAUCACCCUGCUGCCACAUGUUCCACGGUGCACAUCUGUUGAUACACAUUUCAGAGGCUACUUCCUCCCCAAGGGAAUAACCGUGAUUCCUUCCCUCACCUCGGUGCUGCUGGAUAAAACACAGUGGGAGACACCACAUGAGUUUAACCCCAACCACUUUCUUGAUGCUGAUGGGAAGUUUGUAAAGAAAGAAGCUUUCCUGCCAUUCUCCACAGGGCGCAGGAAUUGCAUUGGAGAAAGUCUGGCCAAGAUGGAGCUGUUUCUGUUCUUUGUAGGGUUGCUGCAGACGUUUACUUUCCAACCCCCGCCAGGGCUCACAGAAGCAGACCUGGACCUUGCGGUUCCUCAGACUACUUUUACUUUAAGACCACAACCUCAGUCAGCCUGUGCUGUUCUGUGUGAAUAAGCAGGACAGAAUUAGGGAAUCAUUCCUUUGUAUUGACUUUGACUGCACAGGACAUUUCGACUGGACGCAACAAAGAGAAGGCAGAAUCUUGGCGAAAUGGUUAAUAUGUUCCAGAUGAGAUAGCUAUUGCAUUAUAUGCACUGCAGUCGCUUCACACUCUGCUUCUCAUAGACUUUAAAGAACUAUCAUGAUCAUCUAUUUCAGGGGUGGGCACUUUUUGGCCUGAGGGCCGCAUCGGGUUUCGUAAAUUGUAUGGAGGGCCGGUUAGGGGAGGGGGUCGUGGCCUGUCCCCCAUCUCCUAUCUGCCUCCUCCGGGACUCCUGCCCCAUCCAACCCCCCCUGUUCCCUGAUGGCCACCCCGGGACCCCUGCCCCAUCCAACCCCCCCUCCUUCCUGACUGCCCCCCCGGGACCCCUGACCCCAUUCAACCCUGUUUCCCCCCCACAACUGCCCUGACCCCUAUCCACACUCCCACCCCCUGCCCACCAUCCCGAACUCCCCUGCCCUCUAUCCAACCCCCCGAUCCCUGCCCCCUUACCGCGCUGCCUGGAGCACCGGUGGCUGGUGGUGUUACAGCCACGCGACCCAGCUGGAGCCGGACCACGCCACCGCCACUGCGCCACCACGCAGCUCAGAACACUGGGUCAGGUCGGGCUCUGCAGCUGCACUGCCCCAGGAGCUCACAGCCUCGCCGCCCAGAGCACUGCACUGGCGGUGGAGCGAGCGAGCUGCGGCUGUGGGGGAGGGAAACAGCAGGAGAUGGGCUGGCGGCUAGCCUCCCGACCCAGGAGCUCGGGGGCCGGGCAGGACGGUCUCUGGCCUGUGGGCCAUAGUUUGCCCAUCCCCGAUCUAGUUGGACCUCCUGAACAUUGCAGGCCACAAAACCUCACACACCCACUCCUGUAAUAGACCCCCUAACUUCUAUAAUGUACACCCAAGGAAUGAGCUGUGUUCUGAAUAAGAAUAUUAUGGGAAUCUGACCAUAAAAGCUACCUCUCUCAAGAAGACAAGAGCACCAUUAAUUUGUAAUGGGCAGAAAUGCUGUCGGGGCCCCAUGCUAGAGCCAUCCAAUAGGAUCGAGUGCAGGGGUACUCACACUUCAUUGCACCCUGACCCCCUUCUGACAACAAAAAUUACUACAUGCCUCCAGGAGGGGGAACAAAGCGUGAGCCUGCCCAAGCCCUGCUGUCCUGGGUGGGGACAAAGCCAAAGCCCAAGGGCUACAGCCCCUGCCAGGAGGCCUGUAACCUGAGCCCUGUCACCCAGGGCUGAAGUCCUCGGGCUUCAGCCCCAGGCAGUGGGGCUCAGGCUUUGUCUUCAGCCCCGGAAAGUCUAAGCCAGCCCAUUAAAACAGGGUUGCGUGACCCACUUUGGGGUCCCGACUCACCGUUGGA